AUGUCUGCAGCCUAUAAUUAUAUCUUAUCAUUAGCUAACGCUAAUGUUAAUCUCUACAAAAUUGGUGGACCAAUUUUAAUAAGUGUAGGUACUGUAAGUUGUAUAAUUAAUCUGAAAGUUUUCAGUAAAAAAACUUUACGUAAAAAUCCAUGUUCAAUCUACUUAAUAGCAUGUAAUGUUACUAAUUUUCUAUUAAUCUACACAUCAAUAUUAAUCGCGACAUUGGGAACUGGUUAUAGUAUCGAUCCUAGUGCACACAAUUGGAUCACAACACAUUCACUUAUCAUCAAAGCACUUCUUAUUCCUAUAUUAAUGGUAGUUUUAGGUUUGUGGACUGUGAAAAAUGUACGAAGUAUGAAUCAUGUUACUGCUGUUGUUAAUGCAUCGACAAGUGUUGGAGUAACAAUUCCUGGUGGUGUACGUACGGCUCAUUCAAAAGAUCGGCAAUUAAUUAAAAUUCUGCUUGUUGAUACUUCAAUUUAUAUUUUUUUCAAUACAAUGAUAUCAAUUAUUCUUAUAUAUCAACAAAUUAUGCAAAAUCAAUCUCAGAGCUAUGCUCAGCUUUAUUUACAAGGUUUUCUCACGAGUGUGAGCGUCUUUAGUGCUUUCAUUCCAUUUUGUAUUGGUUGUUAUACUAAUUUAUGGGUAUCAAAAACAUUUCGACAAGAAGUGAAAAAUACUCUUACGUGCAAAUAA